GGACACCAGCCCAGAGAGUAACUGGGGUCACCUCUGGAGCUGCGGGCUCUUCGUCCCCCCUCUCCUCUGCUGCUUGUCCAUCUGUCUUGGACCGUCGCAUCUGUGGCUUUGGGACAGGGACAGAAGACCCCGGGCGUGUAGGCGGAUGCCUUGCCUCUGGGCACGUGUGUGUGCAGGUGACCAUGAGGGUGCCCGUGCGUGUGUGAGAUGUGCCCGUGUGUCCUGACCGCUUCCCCAGCCAAGCAGAGAGGGCGACCUUGAGGAGCGAGUGGGCACAGCAGCACCAUGGCCUCGGCCGCCUCUGUGAGCAGUCUGGUGGAUGAGGUCAGCUGCCCCAUCUGCCAAGGCACCCUCAGGGAGCCGGUCACCAUCGACUGCGGCCACAACUUCUGCCGCAGCUGCCUGACCCGCUACUGUGAGGUCCCGGGCCCGGAGCCAGAGGAGUCCCUCGCCUGCCCGCUCUGCAAGCAGCCCUUCCGCCCGGCGGGCUUGCGGCCCAACUGGCAGCUGGCCAGCGUGGUGGACAACAUCGAGCGCCUCAGGCUGGCGCCCACGCCGGGCCUGGACGAGGAGGACGUGUGCAAGGAGCACGGGGAGAAGAUCUACUUCUUCUGCGAGGAUGAUGAGACACAGCUGUGCGUGCUGUGCCGCGAGGCGUGGGCACACCGGGCCCACACCGUGCGCUUCCUGGAGGACGCAGCCGGGCCCUACCGGGAGCAGAUACAGAAGUGUCUUGAGUGUCUAAGAAAAGAGAGAGAAGAGAUUCAAAGAAUCCAGGCAAGAGAAAACCAGAGGACCCAAGUCCUGCUGUCGCAGGUGGCCACCAAGAGGCAGAAAGUGAUUUUCGAGUUUGCGUAUCUGAGCCAGUUCCUGGAGGAACAGCAAAGCGUCCUCCUGGCCCAGCUGGAGGCGCUGGAUGCGGACAUCUUGAGGCAACGGGAGGAGUUCGACGUGCUGGUCAGUGAGGAGAUGUGCCGCUUUGGCAGCCUGAUCUCAGAACUGGAGGAGAAGAAUGAGAGGCCAGCGCGAGGGCUCCUGACGGACAUCAGAAGUACUCUGCUCAGAUGUGAGACCAGGAAGUGCCGGAGACCAGAGGCUGUGUCCCCCGAGCUGGGCCAGAGGAUUCGGGACUUCCCGCAGCAGGCCGUCCCACUGCAGAGGGAGGUGAAGCUGUUUCUGGAGAAACUCUGCUUCGAGUUGGACUAUGAGCCAGCGUGCCUCUCUCUGGACCCCCAGACCUCGCACCCGAAGCUCCUGCUGUCUGAGGACCACCAGCGGGCUCAGUUCUCCUACAAAUGGCAGAGCUCGCCGGACAACCCGGAGCGUUUCGACCGGGCCACCUGCGUCCUGGCCCGCGGUGGCUUCACGGGGGGGCGGCACACGUGGCUGGUAAAGCUGGACCUGGCCCACGGGGGCAGCUGCACGGUGGGUGUGGCCCGUGAGGAUGUGCGGCGGAAGGGGGAGCUGAGGCAGCGGCCCGAGGAGGGCGUGUGGGCCGUGAGGCUGGCCUGGGGCUUCGUCUCUGCUCUGGGCUCCUUCCCCACGCGGCUGGCCCUGGAGGAGCAGCCCCGGCAGGUGCGGGUGUCCCUGGACUACGAGGUGGGCUGGGUGACUUUCGCCAACGCUGUCAGCCAGCAGCCCAUCUACACCUUCACUGCCUCCUUCACCCAGAAGGUCCUCCCCUUCUUCGGGCUCUGGGGCCGAGGCUCCAGCUUCUCCCUGAGUUCCUGAGAGGGCACGGCCGCCCUCCUCCAAGUCCAGGCUCACCAGGGGGAACAGAAAUGUGUCGGCUGAGGACUUUGCAAGGACCAGGGGAGUGCCCUGCAGUCUGCUGACCCACCUCUCUGUGGGACCCCCAGCAGAGGCCAGUGCAUGCGGGGGGGCGGACCCUGGCGAGUCCCAGGUCUGGAGCUCUACCCCAGCCUGAGACCAACCGGCUGUGUGAUCGCAGGCAGGGCACAGGCCUACGUCACGUCUU